GCCCGGCCGUGACGCCCCUUUGUCCGGGGGGGGGCCGUUCAUGCCGCCGCCCCCCGCGCGCCGCGUGCCGGGCCGCGCCGAGCAGGGCUGUCUCUAGGCUGGAGGGCCUUCCCUGGUUCUUGUGCCUGCCCCUGUUGCUGGAGAAUGAGCCAAUCRCAGAGGAUGGCCCCUGUGGGCACCGACAAGGAGCUCAGUGACCUCCUGGACUUCAGCAUGAUGUUUCCGCUGCCUGUGGCCAACGGGAAGGGCCGGCCGGCCUCCCUGGCGGGAGCUCAGUUCACAAGCUCAGGCCUCGAGGACCGGCCCAGCUCAGGGUCCUGGGCCACCAGUGACCAGAACAAUUCCUCCUUUGACCCCAGCCGGGCCUACAGUGACGGCACCCACUUCAGCGAGUCCCACGGCAGCCUUUCUUCGUCCACAUUCCUGGGACCCGGACUUGGAGGCAAGGGCGGCGAGCGAGGCGCCUACGCCACCUUCGGGAGAGAUGCUGGUGUUGGCAGCUUGACUCAGGCCGGCUUCCUGCCUGGUGAGCUGGCCCUCGGCAGCCCCGGGCCACUGUCGCCCCCUGGCAGCAAGGGCAGCUCCCAGUAUUAUUCCUCCUACCCCAGCAACCCUCGGCGGAGAGCUGCGGACAGCGGCCUGGAGGUGCAGCCCAAGAAGGCCCGGAAGGUUCCACCUGGUCUUCCUUCCUCGGUGUACCCCCCCAGCUCCGGGGACGACUUUGGCAGGGACACAGCCGCCUACCCCUCUGCCAAGACCCCCAGCAGCGCCUACCCCGCCCCCUUCUACGUGGCAGAUGGCAGCCUGCACCCCUCGGCCGAGCUCUGGAGCACUCCUGGCCAGGCAGGCUUCGGGUCCAUGCUGGGCAGUGGCUCGUCCCCCUUGCCCCUGACACCGGGCAGCAGCGGUCCUGUGGGCAGUAGCACCUUCAGUAGCCUGCACCAGCAUGAGCGCAUGGGCUACCAGCUGCAUGGAGCAGAGGUCAAUGGCGGGCUUCCAGCUGUGUCCACCUUCUCCUCAGCCCCCGGAGCGCCUUACAGCAGCGUCUCCAGCCACACGCCGCCUGUCAGUGGGACUGAGGGCCUCCUCGGCUCCCGUGGGACCACGGCCGGCAGCUCUGGGGAUGCCCUUGGGAAGGCGCUGGCCUCGAUCUAUUCCCCGGACCACUCCAGCAGCACCUUCUCACCCAGCCCCUCGACCCCUGUGGGCUCCCCGCAGGGCCUGCCGGGGACGUCGCAGUGGCCUCGAGCAGGGGCCCCCGGUGCCUUAUCGCCCAGCUAUGACGGGGGUCUCCCCGGCCUGAGCAAGAUGGAAGACCACCUGGACGAGGCCAUCCACGUGCUUCGCAGCCACGCCGUGGGCACAGCCAGCGACGUACAUGGGCUGCUGCCUGGCCCCGGGGCACUGGUCUCUGGUUUCGUGGGCCCCUUGCCACUGGGUGGUCGGCACGCUGGCCUGGUGGGGGGCAACCACCCUGAAGACGGACUUGCGGGCAGCACCAGCCUCUUGCACAACCACACUGCUCUGCCCAGCCAGCCUGGCACCCUGCCUGACCUUCCGCGGCCGCCUGACUCCUACAGUGGACUUGGGCGAGCAGGAGCUGCGGUGGUCACCGGCGAGAUCAAGCGCGAGGAGAAGGAGGACGAAGAGAACACUUCGGUGGCGGACAACUCCGAGGAGGAGAAGAAGGAGCUGAAGGGCCCCCGCACGCGGACCAGCCCAGACGAGGACGAGGACGACCUUCUCCCCCCAGAGCAGAAGGCCGAGCGGGAGAAGGAGCGCCGGGUGGCCAAUAACGCCCGCGAGCGGCUGCGGGUCCGGGACAUCAAUGAGGCAUUUAAGGAGCUGGGGCGCAUGUGCCAGCUGCACCUCAACAGUGAGAAGCCCCAGACCAAACUGCUCAUCCUGCACCAGGCCGUGUCGGUCAUCCUCAACCUGGAGCAGCAAGUGCGAGAGCGGAACCUGAACCCCAAGGCGGCUUGCCUGAAGCGGCGAGAGGAGGAGAAGGUGUCGGGCGUGGUCGGAGACCCCCAGAUGGUGCUCUCAGGCGCCCACCCUGGCUUGAGUGAGGCCCACAACCCUGCCGGGCACAUGUGAGGAUGGCCCCGCUGGACGAGGGACCAGCUCACUCUCCUACUCUAGGUUUGGGGUGCAUGGAGCAACAUUGCCACCCUUGAGCCAGGAGCACCCACCGGGCUCCGAAGGGGAUGCCUGGUGGCCCUGCCUGCUCCACCCCUGGCUGCCCACUGCCUGCUGCAGAUCCAGAAGUCCAUCUUGGCUCCGUGACGGGCCACAGGAGCAUUGGUGGGGGGAGUUGAGCGAAACCAGAAAGCAAGCAACAAAGUACACUUCGUCAGAAAGAAGAAAAUUAUGCCUUAACUAUGUAAAACGUGGAAGAACCGAAACUCUUCACUCCAUCGAGGGUGAUGCUGUGCAAACCUGGCUUGUUCUUCAGAAGCCACCAGCAAAUCGUGCCUAAGCAUAAUAUUUUUUUUAAGGAAAAUAAAAAAGAACAUUAGUUAUGAGAUUUUUUUAAUGUAGAAGAAAAUUAGUA